CGUCAAAAUGGAGAGAAGUGACUCUUUUUCUAUAACCAUUGUGAUUCUGUUCAGUGUUUUCUACAUUUCUGUUCUCAUUUUAUCCACAGUCGGAAACAUAUGGGUCCUGGUAACCUGCUACAAGACUUUGAGACAAAGACAUUCCCCCUUUAUGUGGCUGUUGGCAAAUCUAGCCUCAGCUGACCUUUGUUUUACAGUCUUAACCAUCUUCAACAGCAUUGCAUUUCUGUGGCGAUGGCUGGGUGGUAACGUCACUUGCAAACUACAAGGAUUCUUAAUCGAAGCGAGUUACACAACUACGAUCAUGACACUUUCGACUAUAAGCUACGAACGACUUAAGGCCACAACGAACCCAAUCGACGCUCGGGUGAUAAGUUGGUCCGGCGGACAAUACUUUAAACUUAUCAUAAUCUGGAGUUGUAGCCUACUCGUAUGUAUGCCUUUGUUGUUCAUUUACCAAGUGGAAACGCAACAGAACAACGUUUUGUGCCUUGCUAAAAAGAGGACUAAUUUUUUCCCACAAAUCUUCUACAGUGUACAUGCAAUGAUCUUCUUUGUGGCUCCACUGCUGUACAUGAUUUACACACAAAGGCGCAUUUUUCGAAGCCUCCGAGUAGCGUCAUUAAGAACCUCGACCUUCAGCUUCCGCUCAAAGCAGAGGCAGCGGAAGAUUGCAAAGACACUUUUAGUUCUAACUGUAACGUUUGUACUCUGUUGGUCUCCUUUUAUGAUCAUACGGACGUUAACCUAUUAUAAUUUAGCGACGCCUGGCUUUGCUUGGAAAAUGUCGCAGCUCUUAAUCUUCCUCAAUACUGUUUUAGAUCCUUUGUUAUACGGCUUCUAUGGAGGACAUCUGACGUCCUUCUUGCGGUCAAGACUUACAUGUCCAUGUUAG